CUUGUAAUUCGUUUUGUAUGAGAAAUUAAUAGCAAUUGUAUCACUUCAAAUCAAUAAGCACAGCCUUAAACAUCAAAGAAAAAUACCGAUGAUAUCAAAACGAAUAUAUUUUCUGUGUGUAUUGAUUGCGAGCCCGCCUAUGAAAAGUCAAUGGAGAACAAAACCAGUAAAUGUAGGCAGACCAUAUAAAAGCUGUCGAAAAUGAUGUAUCAAUGAAUAUAUUUCACAGGUCCCAGUUAUUUACUGAAACGACAGGAGCGAGUCUCGGUCGAGGGACACCAACGGACUUACAUCAGGAAUACGCAGACCAAGGUAAGGGAACUCUACCGCCGUCCGCUGGCUGGAGUUUCCGGUUCCGCCUCGAAAAAUCCGAAGGUAGAGAGCGUAUCUUCCUUUGAGAAAAUCCAACAGACGCGCCAGAAGGUGGAAAGCCUAAACCAGAGGAUCGGCAAUGAGUUGUAUAAGUUGGGGCGCUUUCGCAAUCAUUUCCUCGAAGUCAAGGACGCCAUGAGCCGCUCUGCGAGUCCCGAGAAGGCGAAGGUGAAGAACCUGACUUGGAGCCAGAGUUUGAAGGCGAAUCAAGCCAAAGAGAGUGCCCUGUCCAUCGCCAGGAGUCCUGCAUCCGGUGCCCAGCGGAAAGGCAAGUGGGCCAAGUGCCGCACCAUCGCAGUCGCUGUCAGGAGUGAUUCUCCGAGCGUCGCUGAACGGGUCAGUGGAGGUUGCUGCUGCUGUGACUGUGGAUAUGGGGCUCUUAAGCACCAAACUGUGUACCAAAACAGCUAUGGAACUUGUCAUUGCUGCAACUACACCGGCAACUGCGACAUGGGGUGUCAUCAACAGUUCUGUGCUUGCGGUGGUCUCUAUGGAGAGAUGUCAUCGCAUAGGGGUACCCAGUUUGGCAUACCCUAUAAUAUCUUUCCGCGUCAAAAUUGCCGAAGAUUUGUGACCGACCUAAAUACGGAGGCAUUCUGCCGCAACUGGCGGCCAGUAGUCGAGCGUGCUUUAUCACCCAAGGAGCGCAAGGAUGGUUCAGCUCAGGCUAAAGCGCCGGAUAAAAGAAAUCCCGCUAGAAUUGGAAAGUCCACAAAUUAUAAAAAACUGGAUUCUAAUGCUAAGAGGGAAACUACCUCCAUGGGCACGACUUCACCAGCUGUCAAUAAAGCAAGAAAACCUGAAAAACCAAUCAAAAUUGGACAGAAGAAAGUGCACGAGUCUUCCAAGGAUCAUGACCAAAAAAAAUGCAAGCCGAACGACAUUAGUUUUCUGGCCUCGAAGGAAAUCACCAGUAAAGCUCAACCAUCCAAGUUUUGCCCAGAGGAACUGACGGAUGAGACCAAGGCGCGAAAUUACCAGGAGUAUUUGGAUCUGUAUAAACAACAAAACUGCAAGCCUCUACAGCCGAAUCCCACAUACACAAGAGUGGCAGUUAAGGAGGAAAUCAAGUCGGAAAUGGACGAAAUGGCACUAAGAAAACCUAAGGAUUCCACUCCUCGGACUGAUUCAGAUAGGAUAAAGGAACAGUAUGCGGAGAAUGGCAGCUCAGAUUCAUUAGAAGGUGAAACUGAACUUGAUUGCUUACACUACAAAGAAAUUACUGCUCACUACCAAUUGGACGAUUUGGGAUCGGCCAUUUCAACUCCGGAUAGUGGUCCCUAUCAGUGCUGUGAGGAAAAGGAUUCCUAUACCAAUCAGGAAUGGGAGUACAUCACCCACCAGCGAGGUGACUCAAAGGAGGUUAAGCUCCAGGGCGAAAGAAACUUUCAAAAAAGCGGUGAGUCCACAAAUGCCAAUCGCACGCAUGCCCAGCAAUCCAAGUUCCUAAGGUCCAGGGACAGUAAUUGUGAAGCAAUAAGACAGGAAAGGCGGGAGCUUUGCGAAAAGGGUGAUGGGCAAAAAAGAACCCAUCCAGUUCAGCGAUCAGUUACACCACAAAGCAGAGGACCCACCAGCUAUGCCUCGAUAGCUCUUCAAUAUCCUUCGGCUGGACAUGUCCAAAGGGAAACAAAGAACACCCAGACGGAGUGUCCGUGUCGGGAGAGUCCCACGCAAACAGAGAGGCAGAUCGGGAUGAACAAAGCCUCUCAAGUGUGCCGCGAAGGACAGUAUUCUGCAUCACCAACGCCAUCUCAAUUCCAAAACUCUUCUUUGAUGUCAAUGGUUUCCGGUUUAGAUUACGAUUAUGUCCAUAGGGUGUUGGAUUGCCGGCAAGGUAGUCCCAGAACACCAAGAGAAGUGCAGCAAUCGCAUGAUGACUACCACAUCCAGACUCCCCCAUAUAGUACGAGAACACCGCCGCAAUCUUAUAGACAACAUAAAAGUGCUCAGAUCGCGCAAGCUAAUUCAAUUGAAACUCUAUCGUCGAGUUCUCAGUCACAAUGCUGUCAGUGUCAGGAAAGCUAUAAAAUCCAGUAUACUCAAAAUAUGUCCGGCAAUAUUGACUGUUUUCGGAGUGAUGACGAAUCCUCCCAGCUGGAUUGUCCCAUCUGUACCGACGCUCCACCUGAAUGUGUUCGUUAUGGAGGCGAGAUCUUGAAGCAUCCUCAACAGCAUAGCCCAAGAUCGUGUAUGUCUUCCUCAAGACAAGUUCCAGUUCUGGAUACAGUCUGUGAAAAGCGUACGCGAACCGUGACCUUUGAAGACGAGAGAGGGGACAUGACCAAGGAGCAGCAUGUGCAGGAAAGUUGUCGCAGUCUAAUCGAUUGGGAGCGCGCCCUUAAAUACCACACGGCAGAGCGUGGCGAUGAGAUGGAUUAUACGGAACACAGCUCCACAUGCAGAUCCAGCAGCUCUGCGGAGCACACUUGCAUUGAGUCCGCCUACGAUGAUGACUUCGCCAGCUGCGAGGAGUCGCAGCCACAGGCCAACCACAUGCGGAUAGCUCCGUUUAAUGGCUGUCCCUGCAUGUACCAGACCUACAUGAACCUGGCCUCCAUGUGCCAGAAGUAAGGUGGCUUCAUUCAGCGAG